AGAAUCCGGAAUGAGAUGAGAUCACAGCAUCAGCUUGUCCUUUGUGGACUUGGACAAUGAUUGUGGAGGCAGAUUGGAUUAGUGAAACGUCUUUCCCAGAAGUUCAGAGCAGUGCCCCGCUCGGCACGCUUCGGUGAAAGACGGCUGAAAAAUGCAGCAGAUAUACAGCUGCAGCGAUGAGAAUCUGGAAGUCUUCACCACCGUGAUUGCAUCCAAAGUGUCCAGUCCAUCCAGAAGAAAAGUUAAAAGUUCACAACACAUCUUGACCAAAAGCAUGGGGGCUAUACCCGAUUAUCAUGGCCCUGGGACCAUGCAGCUGCUGCCCUACCCUGACGAUCAUGUCCAUGCCCCGUGGAGAGACGAGGACGGGAGGCGGUUUGUUCGCCUGCAGAAUGGGUCCCAAAGCUUCCUCUCUGCCAAAUGUCCUUCCAGGCAUGUGGGAAUUUCUGAAUCAAAAUCCUCAACUCUCUGUGGGAACCAGGUGCGAGCAAAGUUUUUGGUCUCCCAGACACCUCCUCCUGGCACUCGGAUCAUCGUAAAGCAACCGGCCACCCCAGCAACGGCAAAAGAACCUAGAAGGGCCUCCCAGAAGAUUCCUGAAGAUGACUCAAUUCUUCUCCCAGGAGCAGAGGCCUCCUUACCCCUGACGGGCAGCACCUCCUAUGGCACUCCCGGCCUUCUGCGAAAAAUGUGGAUGAAGCACAAGAAGAAGUCAGAGUACAUGGGGGCCACAAACAAUGCCUUUGAGGCAGACUGACAGUGAUCCUGUUGGGACCCAGGGACUUUGGGCAAUGGCAGGUGCUUUAGGAUUUGCCUUGAGACCCAUCCUGUGGUGAGUCCAGGACUGAAUAAAUACUAUCCCUCUUGAACUGGACAUUUGCCUCCCUAGGAGAAGUGAGAAAUGAACCCUCCAGAAGGCAAAACUAACCUGAACUUCAGAAGUCUAAAAGGGCCUUAGACCCUUCAUUCAUGAUAUCCCCCCCCCC